UGCUCACAAUUCCAUCCCCUAAUUAGAGCAAUAUUUCUUUCUUCUUCUUCUUCUUCUUCUUUUUUAAAUGUUAAUUUACCGAGAGAUACAACCCACGCGAUAAUGAAUCCAUCCCAUGAAUCGGAUUUGUCGGCCAUAGUGAGGCUUGGCAGCCUUACUUUUGAGGUGUGGAAUCUGCUGACUACACCAACGUGGGAGCCUGAGGCAGCGCUCCCCCUUCUUUCAUCAUCAGCUGCCAACCAACUUCUCUCAUCAUCCCUUCCUGUUUCUCUUCUCUUCUUCCUCUUCCUCCUCACGCUCUCUCUCUCUCUCUCUCUCUCUCUAUCUUAUUUCCUUUUCUCCUUUUCAUCGUGUAGGGACUCAACUUCUUCUGUUCCAUUAGCCAACCCCCGGGUCACGGCUUUCCAGCUUAUUUUCUUCCUCGUGUCUGUGGCGGAAUUUUCUGCUCUCCUUCCCCAAACACCCCCAGCGCUCUGUGACACCAUCUGUCGCGCGCGUUCUUUCCGCGUAGCCUGAAUUCGGCUCUUUCUUAUCAUCUCUAAUCUAUUUUUUUCAUCUUCGCUUUACGAUUUCCGUCACCAUGGCCACAGAAUACGACCACGAGAACGGCCGUUAUGAUGGUACGUACAAUGCUUCGUUACCAUUAGCAAGUCUGGUGGUUAUGUUUUCAAGCCAUGAGAAAAAGACAAAGAAUGAAAAUGAUGAAAGAAGAAAAGAAAAAAAAAAAAAAAAAAAAAAAAAG